AUGGCGACUGGUGGCGAUGGGGUGACCACUUCGGAGGAGCUCGAGGAUGCCGAUGCGGAGGGCGAGGAAGAAGCCUACGUCCAGGACAUCGACGAGUUCCUUGCCGAGCCGGAAGAAGGAGAAGAAGAACUUGAACCAGCCCCAGAUGCAGAGACUUCGUUGGAGCCUCGGAAGUCUUCUUCACGAAGCGGCCGCAAUGGACCACGGACCGGCUCCUCCGCCGGAUCGGACGCUUCAGGGACUUCACCGAGGAGACCACCGAGGAGCAGGACAAGUGACGAAGGCCGCGACAGCAGAGACAGUCGCGACAAGUCGAGUUCAUCUCAAAAGAAGCCCAGAGGUAACCUGCCUCCAGCCCCAAAGUUCGAUGGUGAUCGCAAAGCUGAUCCUCGAUGCUUCCGCAAGUACCUCAACAAGGUCGAUAGCUAUGUGGCCCUGGCCGAGAAGAUCAUCGACCACAAUGAGAUUGGCUUGAGGUUGCACGCGGCGCUGGAAGGCGAGGCCGCGGACUACUUGGAGGAUGUCCCAGCUCGCACCUUCGGCGAGAUAGAUGGCUGGCGGGUGCUGUUGCGCAUUCUGCGUGACAAGUACGAUGAACCACCAAUGCACAAGGUGGGAACGGCCAUGAAGAACUUCUUCAACCUCCAGAUGGCGCAGGACAAGACCAUCACCAUGCGUGAGGUGGCCGAGCAUCUUGAUCGUGCAGCCCGUCAAUGCAGAGACGCGGGAUUGGACUUGCCGGACGCUGUGAUGAUCCACGUGUUCUUCCAGCACACCGGAGCAAGCAAUGAGCGACAGGCCAAUUUCCUGUUGCGGACUGGCGGACAGUACGACUGGGCCAAGAUCAAGGCAGCCAUCGACAUCCUGUACCCCAACACUACGGUCCGGGUACCUGCCUCUGGAGCGAAGGCAUCAGGCUAUCGAGGAAGAGCUGCACACGAGGUACACUGGUCUUCUUCAGACUGGCAACUUCCUGAUCUCCAAGAUCCGUCCAUUGUUUGGGACUCCUGGCUCUACGAGAACGACCCCGUCGAGAUGAUCGCAGAGCAGACCCUCUACGAGGCCGUGGACGAGAACCUCAUCCCUCAGAACUUAGCCCGCGACUUGACUGCGUGCUUCAACACACACCGUGAGAACCGCAGGCAGCUGGCCCGCGCUGUGCAGGCCAGAGGCUACUACGUUCGUGGUGGCAAGGGCAAAUCUGGUGGCCGAGGCAAAGGAGAUCGAGGCAAAGGUCGUGGCGGCAAGAAGGGCAAAGGCGGUAAGUCCGCUGGCGGCAAGACUCGCGGCGGCCUGACCCUUCAAGAGCUCAAAGCCAAGACCGCUUGCGCUGAAUGUGGCGCCAUUGGGCAUUGGAAAGAAGAGUGCCCUAAGCGUCAGAGCAACCUGACACACCACACUGAGUAUCGUGAGCCGGACCCCUACUAUGAGCCUGACUUCGAAGAGUACGACUACGACGCCGAUGAGCAGGCCUAUGAGGAGUGGGACCCGGAGACUUGGGACCAAUGGCAAGAAGAAGCGCCACGGUCUUCUCAUGCAGCUGGACGUCAAACUGAUGCUGCAGCAGCCGUGGAGGAGGAGAACCUGCGAGCCAUCCAUGCCUUGCGAAAGAAGGUCAGUCAAGCGGCUCCCCUUGCCGGUCCUUCCAAGUCGACCUCAGCGACGACUUCAAAGACAGCACCUCCGGCAAAGGUACCACCUGUCAUGCCAAAGACACCGCCUGUCAUGCCCAAGCAGGUGAAGCAGGUGCGCAAUGUCUACGUCGAGCAGUCCAAGCACGACAUCGUCGAGGAGCAGGGCUUCAACAAGCACUCACUCUACUCCGACGAGUUUGUCGACCAGCACGGAACCAUGGCACGUGUCAAGGCCAUCCUGACCGCCAAGCCGCCGGGGACGACUUUCUCUGGCAGUGAAGCUCGAGCAGCAGUCCGGACGCAUGCAACGAGCUCAGCACACGUGGCCACCAGGACAGAUGAGACUGGCCUCACUGGGUCCGUUUGGGAUCUUUUGAAGGACCAUUCCAAGGCACCCGACCUCGACUCCCUGCGGAAGACACGUGACGUUCUUGCCGCACGACGGGUCAAGUUCGAGAGCCCUACAUCACCGCGGAGCGCUUUGUCCUUGACAAGGAGGCCACCCACCGUGCAGACAGACAAGGUCUACUUGACCAUUGACACGGCUUGCGAGAACACCGUCGUUGGUUCCGUUUACCUGGAGAAGGUCUUGAACAAGCUGGGUGAGCAUGGUUUGAUGCCCAUCGCCCACGAGGAGAAUGAGCAGUACUGCUUCGGUCCUGGAGCACCAAAGACGAGCACGACACGUCUCUCCGUGCCCAUUGGGAUCGAUGGCAAGCCUCUGGUCAUCAGGACCUCCGUGAUCCAGGAGGACAAGCAAGCUGCAAACCGAGUGCCCUUCCUGGCUGGCCAAGACUGGUUGGUUUUGAUGGGCGCCGUCAUCGACAUUGGCAACAACAAGAUGUCUUUGCCGGCAGCUGGAUGUGAAGUCCCGCUGCUAGUGGAUGUGUCGGGCCACCUCGUGAUUUCCAUCGAGGACUACCCCUGUACAGGCUGGCCCCAAGGACUCUGGACAAAGGUCGAUGAGUACCCGGGCGCCAUUUUCGCAGUGUCGCACGAGCUGCAAAAGAGCGCCUCGCAGUCUGAAGACUCCUUCAACCUAGUCACUGACCACAACUUCAUCUAUGAGCCCAAUGAAGACGACAUGAACACGGGACUCUCUAGGGGACCUUGCACCAUCCCGUGUGACUUCUGGGAGUAUUUGACCACGGUUGGAUUGGACAGCGGGCCUGGGACCCAGACACUGCAGCCGGCACGCCUCACUAUUGUGGCUGGAUCCCUCCCCAAAGACUACAUUUGGGACACUUGGCCAACACCUUCGGACGUACCAUGCCCAGCUGGACUUCGUUGUUGGGUUGGUGUGACCUGCUUCUUUUUGAAUGGUGUUGAUUUGAACAAGAUUGACAUCCCAACGGUGCCAAAAGGUGUGAAGGUUUUGAUGAACGAUGGAUCAUCUGUUUUUGUGGCUCCCUCCAGUGUGAAGCCCCGGCAGAACAAGAAGAUCCUCCAGUUUGAUUACACCAGCACUCCGCCGAUCUUCGAGCAUGCGAGCACGGUCCAGAAGGAAGCUUUUCGUAUUCCUGAAGGUCAGCCUUCCAAGACCAGACUCAGCAAAGGGGCAUGCCAGCAAGCAUGGGCCCGUCUCGUCAUCAAGAUGGACAUGUUGUGGAGCCUUAUGGCAAGAAGCCUCUCCGUGAAUCACCUCAUCCGGGAGUUCAAGCACCGUGCACCGGCGCUGAUGGGCUACAUGGAGGCAAUCAUGCAGGUGGAGAACGCUGCGAUGCUGCCUGCGACUUUGCCGCCUUCGACGACCAAAGCUCUUGGUCAGACAGCCAAGGCCAAGGGCAACUGGACGCCCUACCCGGAGAAGGUGAAGAUGUGCCCGCACGACGUGGAGUCGGCAAGACGGAUCGGCAACGCCCACGGUCGUUUUCGAGAAUGUCUUCAAUGCGGGCUUGUGAGAAAGGCGCUGACGGAGAACUACCGGGUUCCGAUCACCGGCGAGGAAGUGAUCGUCUACGGCAUCACCCACGGAGUUCGAGAUCGACCCGGAGGAAAAGUACAGCUGUCUGCCCAGGGAGUGCAGAGAGAUCCCGCGGCAUGCUCAGCCAGCUUGGCCGCAUACUUCGGGAACUUCUUCACGGAGGAGGAGUUCAGCAAGGGCUUCAGCAACGCCGCACCCGGACAGUUCCGAAUGGGAGAACGUGGGCAUGGACACGGACCUGGAUGGCUAGAAGGUGGCCCUCCGCAUCGCUCACCUAUAAAGCCUGGGUUGCGUAAGCGGCUGAAGCAUAGUGCAAGACGAGCACUACAGACCAGCCAGACUGCUCGUGAACUGGUUGCUGAUCGAGUGAACCACGCUACAUGGCCUAAGAGAUCUUUUGGCUUCGACCUUGUGGAGAUCUUCGGUGGCACUUCUAUGAUCAGCAUUCGUGCAGUGCAAGGCUGGAACCUUCGUGUGCUACAACCUGUCGACAUCAGGUUUGGCACCAACUUGAGGCAGCGCUCUCAACGGCGCUGGUUGAUGAGGCAAUUGAACAAGUGGAACCCACGACUUGCGAUCGUUGAGAUGCCCUGUACUCCUUGGUCCAUCCUUCAACGGAACGUCAAUUACCGGGACGAUCCAGAAGGACUUCAUGAGCUUCGAGAAGCCGACAGGCCCUUCAUCAAGCUCACCAAGGAGGUUUUUGAAUCGCAGCAGAAGCGUGGUGGACAUGCGCUCGUGGAGAACCCUGCUAGCGCUGAUUCAUGGUCAGAGCCCGAGUUCCUGGCCUUGAGACAGAAGUACUUCGAAACUACAAGCUGCAUGUGCCGCUUCGGCAUGGUUGGAAAGCAUGGCUUGCCGAUGCUCAAGCGCGUGAGGUGGAUGGGAACACACCCGACCUUCGCGGACUACCUCAACCUGCAAUGUCAACAUCAACAUGAGCACGAGUUGGUGGAAGGUCAGAACACGCCCUUGUCGGCAUGCUAUCCACCAGACCUCGCGGACACCAUCAUCCGGGCCUACCUGGACGUGGUGCAGCAAGAAGACUUCGGUGUCCACUACGACUGGCAGGUGAUGGAGACCAGGCACGUGCACUAUGUGGAUGUAUCCCGCCAAGAAUCAGAUUGGCGGCCACUUCUAGCACAAGCCGAGGAGGUGCUUGCGAGAAAGGUGCAAUCCUCAUGCUUCCUGGACAUCACCAGCGACCUCUACCAGAAGAUCAUACCACUCGUGCCUUGGCAGAUCUUAAACGUGCAGAUCGCACACCUUCCCAAAGCCAAGCGCCUGCGACCUGGUUUGGAAAAUUGUCAUCGUGCUUCAGUGCUCCUCCAGACCGACGACGUUUUGGUCAUCGAGACCGAGCAUCUGCCCACUGCACAGGCUCCUCGGGAGCGCUUUGUUGCUCCAGUGAAGGUGGCGAUAUUCGUACUGGGACAUGCGCCUGGCGAACCUCAAGAACCUGUCCCCGCACGACUACCACCUCAAUCUCCUCCUCUUCGCGACGGAGAUGUGGUCGAGGACCCCAUGGCAGAGGCCGCUGAAGAGGGCAUGGCGCACGAAGGACUGGUGAGGCAAGACUUUGCCUCAGGGGAAUGUUGGUUCUCCGGUUCACCUUUGAAAGCGGAACAGAAGAGGUGGGCCCCAGCACUGGUUCGCAUGCACCGCAACCUUGGACAUCCCCGUCCUCCAGAUUUUGUUCGUGCACUUCUUCAACAUGGAAAAGUUGACCCAGAAGCCAUUGCCUUGGCUCGGAGGCUGAAGUGCGCUACUUGUGAAAGGACACGUCGACCCCUUCCACCUCGACCGUCCUCUCUGAAGAGUGUUGGGAGCUUCAACGAUAAGUUGUGCUUGGAUUUGGUCUUUUUGCACGACACCAAUGAGGAGAAGCACACUUACCUCCACAUCCUGGACCCGGCCGGUGGCUAUAACGUGUUCAUCUGGAUUCCUUCACGGGCACCAGAAGAUGUGUUGGAGCACUUCAACAAGAGUUGGUCGAGUUGUGCCGGCUUUCCUCGGUCCAUUUGGGCCGACAGGGACGAGCUUUCCAAGGAGCUUUUGCAGAACGCCUACAGCGAAGUCGAGGCCUUCAACCGAGCCUUCCGCUACACCGCCAACAAGAUCAUUGACGACAAGCAGCUGGCGGGUGACAUUGACAUGCAGCUCCUCGGUUCACUUGUGGGAGCAGCCAUGAAUGAGAAGGUGAGGACUUGUGGAGCUUCGGCAAACCAAUGGCUUUUUGGUCGCAACCCUCGAGUGGCAGAAGAUCUAUUGAGCCCAGAUGGUCAACUUGACGCACUUCGUGGGCUAGACCAAGACGAAGAACUGCGGCUUCGGACCUAUAUCAGGUCUCAGGCCGACGUGCUGAUCAGCCAGUUCAAGAUUGACGAUGCACUCCGCAAAGCAGUGCUACGACAAGGACGCCCUUCGCGUCUGACCUAUGAGCCCGGAGAGCUGGUAGCUUUCUGGAGACAAGUCAAAAAGAAGAAAGGCAAGCUGCUACAACCUGGCUGGUUCCGAGGCACCAUCGUUGGACCUCACAAGGGCGACGACUCUCAGAACAACUACUGGGUGACCUCGGGCGGCAAGCUCAUUUUGGUGUCAAAGGAGCAGCUUCGCCCUACCUUCGGCACAGAACGUUGGAAGAUUGAUGAACAAGCUCUUCAAGGCCUACUGGACAACUUCCCUGAAGAGUUCUAUAAUGGUCGAGACGGAGAACCCCCUGACGACAUGGCCAUCGAUGAGAAGGCCGUGAGAGAAGAGGUGGCAGUGCCUGUUUUUGAAAGUGAUGAGGAACAGUUGGUCGAGUACUCUCCAACUGAUCCGAGGACACCAGAUGCACAGGAAGAUGAUCAACCUUCCUCAGCAGCGGCUUCACGACCAGCUGAUGCACAUGGCUCCAUCGGAAGCAACACCACGCACCUUCCGAGCAUGCGAGAAGACCGUGCACCUGGUACUCCUAUGCAUUCACUUCUCCGUCAACCACCACCGAUAUCUGUGCCAGAAGAAGUCCCUAUCGUGGACCCGGACUUCGAGGACGACAUGGCGCUACCACCUCCUGCUCGCGAAGCUCGAGAACCAGAAGGGGCGCCGCCUGAGAAGAAAGCUAGGAUCGAGGCACCUUCAGGAGAUCCACCUGGCCCUGACCAUCGUGUGCCAGCACAAGAGGAGAUUCCGACCUAUGACACCGAGCUCUAUGUUCGACCACGCGGAGCUCUGUGGGGUUGUUCUUUUUCUGGUUUUCGAAAGUCGGCCAUGACCAGGAAACAGCAGAAGGCGCUCGAGAAGGAGAUUCCCUGGCGGAUGAUUCCGGAGUCCGAACGGCAAGGCUAUGCCGAUGCUUUGGCAAAAGAAUGGUCCACGUGGCUGAAGUACCAGGCAGUCGAGAUCCUCAGCAUGGAGGCUUCGCUCCACGUCGAGGAGAACACCGAUCCUGCAAGAAUCCUGGACUCCCGCGUUUGCUACCGCAACAAGAACGCAGCCUACAGCUGGUUGCCUGUGAAGCACAAGGCACGCAUCGUGUGCCGCGGCGAUCGGGACCCCGAUCUCCUGACCUUGAGGAGGGAUGCACCUACCAUGACUCGUCUUGGUCUCCUCCUCAUAUUACAGAUAUGUGCUUCAUCACCAGGCUGGUUCCUCUUCAACAGCGACAUCACGGGAGCUUUCCUACAAGGAGACCAGUCACUUGCCAGCCGGAAGGAACCACUUUACCUCCGGCCACCUAAAGAGGGACUACCAGGACUUCAACCAGGACAACUGCUUUUGGUGGUGCGAGGCAUCUUUGGCCUUGCAAACAGCCCGCGCCUGUUUUGGCGCCACCUUCGUGACAGCUUGGUCACUAUGGGCUUUGUGCAGUCGACCCUCGACCGUGCGGUCUUCAUGUACUACCGCAAGGGACGGCUCAUUUUGGUUUUGGGGGCCCACGUCGAUGAUCUGAUCGGGGCCGGAAAGCCAAAAGAAGCAGAUGAGAUCCUGGACGAGAUCAAGAAGACCUUCGACUUUGGCUCUUGGUCGGACAGCCGCACUGAUGAGACUUUGGAGUAUGGCGGGAAGCAGAUCGUACGUGACGGUGAAAAGGUAAUCCUCACCCAGAAGAAGUUCAUCCUUGCUUCCUCCACCACCAAGAUCCCAAAGUGGCGAUCGGCUACUCCAAAUGCUCCACUGCUACCUCAAGAGCACACAGAACUGCACUCCUUGGGAGGUUGUUUGCACUGGCUUGUGGGCCAAUCGAGGCCUGACCUUGCUGCAGCUACAUCCUUGUAUAUGAGCGGGCAGCCUACCGUGCACAACCUGACGCAGCUCAACAAGUUGGCGCUCGAAGCGCAGUCGACAGCCGACUGGGGGUUGACUUUCCUUCCAGUCCCACUGUCUGAAGCGCGAUGGGUCGCAUUCAGCGACUCUUCAUGGGCGAACGCAUCCGAGCUUAAGUCACAAGCUGGCUACAUGGUCUUCAUCGCCGGUAAGAACGUCGACAGCUUGGAGGGCGAUGUGGCAUCUUUGGUGGACUGGAGAAGUCACCGAAUUAAGCGGCAAUGUCGCUCGACAUUGGCCAGCGAGACCAUGGCAAUGGAUGCAGCAGUGGACUCCGCCAUCUUUGCCCGAGAGUUCAUGGCAGAGAUCUUGGUGGAGGCCUACAACCCGCUCCAAAGCGGGAGACUCCCUUCGAACUUCAUGCCCCUCGAGGCGGUCACGGACUGUCGGUCUUUGUUCGACAUUUUGGUGAAGGAUGGACCGCUUAGUUCAACCCAGGAGAAACGCCUGGCGAUCGACAUCGGAGGGCUGAAGGAGACGGCCACAGAGGUUGACCCUGAUGGCGAGCGCCUCAAUGAGGUCUUCAAGUGGAUCGACACGAACCACCAGCUCGCCGACCACCUCACAAAGGCGAAAUACUUGGAGGAGCUUGCUCAUGAGGUCCGCAGCGUGGGAUGUGCCGCGCGGGAGCGCGGGGAUGGUUGGAAUCCCCUCAUUGUCCUGUGCCAUCGUGGGGCAUUGCCAAUGCGUGAGUGCGAGGCCAUCCUGCAGCACUUUCCUCCCGAAAGGCAAGCUCUGAUUCUGGAGCACAUUGCUGAGGACAUGAUGUGGGGAUGUGUGGAAGUGGCGGCGUUUCGUAGCACCAAGAGGUCCAUGGUGAGGGCGAAGCCGCGUGCCUCCGAGCUGUCAGGACGUGCUUUGGGCUGGGACGCCUGCCUCCGCAGCUUUGCCGGCACCAUGGCGGCCCGCGCGAAGCAGGGUGAGGGCUACCGAGCCGGACGGUGGACGGGGACGAUGGCGACAAUAUGUAUCUCAGAAAUGGCUCCGGAGGCCUCGAGCGCCGCAGCGGGUGAGAUGAAGCGGGCGGCCGCUGCGGCCAGCUCCGCCGCUGGCUGGGCUUGGCACCCGGCCGCGGGGACACUGAUGCACGCCAUAACCUGCGCCAGGCCGCGGACCAAGCCGCUGCCACGAAGAGCGGAGUAUGCCAAGACCGCGGCCAACAGCGCGCUGAGCGCGGCCAAGGUCGGCGUCCACACCGCAGCGCAUCAGGCAGCAGAGACUGCCCGGCACAGCGUGGCGAGCUUGGUCUCCUCGUCCUCCUCGAAGCGUGGCGGCAUUGCGGGUGGUGGUCCCCUGCUGUGGCGGAUUCGAGUCGACUGGCCGGGCGGUCCCGGAGACAACGAUGUCGAGGAGCAGGGCAAGAAACGAAAGCAGCCGGCAGUGGCUCGAACGCCGCCAGAAGAUGAGGGUUCCGAAGAAGGUCUCACUGGCGGCUUCUUUAGCCUCCAUGUCUGCCGAGUGCGUAGCCAUGUCAAGUGCGGCGCCGGCGGCUGGCUUGUGGCGGAGCUGAGCGCUCGGGAACGACGUGGGCAGAGGCGUUCCGCCGACGCAUGUCGCUACGCCGGCCACGAGUGGUGCUACGGUGCCAAAGCAGGGUUUUUUCUCACCAGCCCUCGGGUUCCGAGGCGUUACAGCUGGAAAGAAGAGACUUUGGGUGAUGAAAAGUUCCUGCGAGGGACUAUCCGGGUUCAGGCCUCUUUGCUGCACGACGCCUUUUGCAGUUGUCAGUGUGGUUAUAAUGCCAUCGCUGUUGGGUUUGCGCUCGGCCGGGGUGAUGCGUGGCAGAAUGUGAAGCCAAAGGCGGCUACACGUGGAAAGACCUUGAGACAGCAGACUCACCAGUACAUCCUGGAGCACCAGGCUGACUUCAGAAACUUAUGGACCAAGGAUCCAAAUUGGACUACGACGACUGAAGAUGGGGUUAUUCCGAUCCCUGACAAUUGGGAUGACUGGUUAAAGGCCUUGUUGCGUCCAGGGCGUCGGUUGUGCCAACACACGUUGCGAGCUGCUGCUUGCCGCUUGGGCGUGCGCGUGGUGGUCGUGCGCGGUGGCGGCUCUGGUCUUUGGGAAGAGCCGAUUGCUGUCGGAUCGCCCAAGCACUUGACUGAGCCGAUCGUGGUUUCUUUGCGUGACGAGCGCUAUCGGUUGAUUCGUGCCAAGCCAGGCUUCGACUGUGAACGUGACGAGCCCGCAGAUGUGCCGCCUUCGGCCGGCCGCAAACGAUUGCGCAGGGAGUCAGAAAACAAGCCACUGGUGUGGAAACUCAGUGCUCGAGAGAAAGAAUGUCUUCACGAGCAAGGUUGGAAGUUACUUCGGAAAUUUGGCCGCAAUCCCAACACUGCCUCGGACUCAAAGAAGAAUGAGUCGGUGUACCGCACUCGUCAGCGGCACCAGAAGGCCAAAAUGAUGGCCAAGAAUGUGUCUCGAGGAGGCUUGUUUCAUAAGCAGCGUGAGAAGGUCGUGCGUGAAGGAAAGGAACCGAACCCUGGCCCGUCGUCACUGUGGUGUGGGGUUACCUUGAACUAUGCUUCUCUGGACAACACUUGGGCCUUGGUCGACCUGUUGACUUCCCACCGGUUGCGUCCAGACGUUGUUUGCUUGCAAGAAACCCGGCGGCGCCUGGGAUGGUAUGCUGGGCGUCCUGAUGAUGCGGCCGUAUUGGAACAUAUGGCGAAGGUGCGGCAGCAGCUUUUGGUUCUUAGCCCACUUCGGCGCCCUCCUGCGGCUGCUGAAGCGGUGCUGCAGAGCUGA